UGCCCCCGCCUUCGUUCAGCUCUUGCUCGGGACCAUGACCUCUGAGGUGGCGCGGCACCUGCUCUUUCAGUCUCACAUGCCAACAAAAACAACCUCUCUGUCUUCACAAGUAUCUGAUGAUGAACAGAAACAAAAAAAAGAAAAUAUUCGUUCUUUAACUAUGUCUGGCCAUGUUGGUUUUGAGAGUUUGCCCGAUCAGCUGGUCAAUAGAUCCAUUCAGCAAGGCUUCUGUUUUAAUAUUCUCUGUGUGGGGGAGACUGGAAUUGGAAAAUCAACGCUGAUUGACACAUUGUUUAAUACUAAUUUUGAAGACCAUGAAUCCUCACAUUUUUACCCACAUGUUAAACUUAAAGCUCAGAUAUAUGAACUCCACGAAAGUAAUGUUCGAUUGAAAUUGACCAUUGUGAAUACAGUAGGAUUUGGUGACCAAAUAAACAAAGAAGAGAGCUACCAACCAAUAGUUGACUACAUAGAUGCUCAGUUUGAGGCCUAUCUCCAAGAGGAGCUGAAGAUCAAGCGCUCUCUCUUUAGCUACCACGAUUCUCGCAUCCACGUGUGUCUCUACUUCAUCUCCCCGACAGGUCACUCUCUGAAGACACUAGAUCUCUUAACAAUGAAGAGCCUUGACAGCAAGGUGAACAUUAUACCAGUGAUUGCCAAAGCAGAUGCAAUUUCUAAAGCUGAAUUACAGAAGUUUAAGAUCAAGCUCAUGAGUGAAUUGGUUAGCAGCGGCGUCCAGAUAUAUCAGUUUCCAACAGAUGAUGAAACUAUUGCUAAAAUCAAUGCUUCAAUGAAUGGACAUUUGCCAUUUGCUGUUGUAGGAAGUAUGGAUGAGGUAAAAGUUGGAAAUAAGAUGGUCAAAGCUCGCCAGUACCCGUGGGGUGUUGUACAAGUGGAAAAUGAAAACCACUGUGAUUUUGUAAAGCUCCGGGAAAUGCUCAUUUGUACAAACAUGGAAGAUCUGCGAGAACAGACCCACACUAGGCAUUAUGAACUUUACAGGCGUUGCAAACUGGAGGAAAUGGGCUUUACAGAUGUGGGCCCAGAGAAUAAGCCGCUCAGUCUUCAAGAGACCUAUGAAGCUAAAAGACAUGAAUUUUAUGGAGAACGUCAGAGGAAGGAAGAAGAAAUGAAGCAGAUGUUUGUGCAGAGAGUAAAGGAGAAAGAAGCCAUAUUGAAAGAAGCUGAAAGAGAGCUACAGGCCAAAUUUGAGCACCUUAAAAGAGUUCACCAAGAAGAGAGAAUGAAGCUUGAAGAGAAAAGAAGACUCUUGGAAGAAGAAAUAAUAGCUUUUUCAAAGAAGAAAGCUACCUCGGAGAUAUACCAGAACCAGUCCUACCUGGCAUCAGGCAGCAACCUGAAGAAGGACAAGGACCGUAAGAACUCCAAUUUUAUGUAAAACAAAGGUUCCAGAUCACAGAAGGUCAUCACAAGCAAAAGUUAUUAAAAUGUUAGAAGUA